AGGGAGGACAGAGAGUAAAGGGGAGCAGCUCUUCAUAGGUCGUAAGGUCGCACUAAUCCACUGUUUACUUCCCCUUGGCCCCACCAUUGGCUGCCGGGAAAUGGUUUUUAUUUUCGUCAUAGCUCACCGUCUGGGGCCACCCGGCAACCUCCCGCUGCAGGAAUUUUCUGAUUGGCUCCCGCUUGUUGUCGCGGGGCCGGAGGGGGAGCCGCCCCGCCGAAGACACGUGUGGAGCCUCCGAUUGUCUCCGAUCCUGCGUCGUGCCCUCACUCCGGCGGUGCAGAGACCCGCCCUGACCCGCUGACCCCCUGGGAAGGCAGACUGAUUGCUGGGACAUCUAAUGACGGCGUUUCGAAUUUUAGCGGUUCAAUAAAAUGCAAAAACUAGUAACCGGGCCGGCACAUGGCGCCCAAACCCCGCCCACUGCGGCCACACAUGCGCAGAGCAGCGGCGGCGGCAGCGGCGGUGGCGGUGGGGACGGGAGUGACGGCGGCGAAGGGGGAGUGGUGGUGAUGGUGGUGGGAGGUAGUGAGUGUAGUGUGAGGGAGGUUGGGGUGUACUGUUGUGUAUCGCCGCGCGCUCUCCGCCGCUCCGCCGCUCCCUCCCCCCGCCUCUCCCCUCGGUGUUCUCACAUGUGGGGGACUCAGGCGUCUCGAAAGUCCAUCCCGUGGCCAGAGUGACGCCAUGUGAGACUCAUUCAGUGCGGCCGUCCCUUAGUGCCACUCCUGCUGCUGGAAAAUGUAGGUGUGUCGGCGCGGCAGUUAGCGGUGGGCAGGAGCGUCCUCCGACCGCAACGAUCGGAACCCACACGGCGGUGACGGGCCGGCGCGGGCCAGACUGCGAGUGGAAACCAGACUGUCGCGGCCACAGUGACAGUGGCGGGAGGCAGACAAGCCUUAGGCCGCGGCACUGUGGGCACCGUGUAGUCACUAAAACUGUUACUGGUCACUGUCACACCCGCCGUCGGUCACCCCCUCCAUAUACUAGUCACCACCCACACCACACAACACACCGCUCAUCACCACACACCUAGUCACCUCCACAAGUGAAAAACAGACUUAAUCACAGCGAAAUAUGAGUUGCGCUCAAGUGAUGUAUCAACCGUACGCCCACAGCCCGUACAUGGUGCAGCCCGACACCCCCCAGGCUGCCCCCUCGCACCCCUCAGGGUCCACCACACCAGGAGGUGAUUCCAGGCACGGGGAAAGCGUGCUUCCCAUACCCCAGCAAGCUCCUCCGCCGCCCCCGCCGCCCACACAGGCUGUUAACCUUGCCUCUCACACGCCGCCCCACCUCCACCACCACCACCACCAGCACCAGCACCUCCACUCCCCGCCGCAGUCGCACGGGGGAGGGGAGAGUGGGAGGUUAGGGGGCCAGGCACAGCAGCAGCCACAGCAGGGAGCGAGUGAGGGUGGCGGGGCGCAGCGCUCCCUCCCGCGGCCACCCUACAGGACGGCGUUGACGGAACCAGCAGAUCCAGACGGCCCGCCCCCGGAGAAGAAAUUUUGCCGCAACGCCGAGCCGCCGCCCACGUCCUCCGCCGCGCCGCCCCACCACCAGCACGCCCCCCAAGCCCACGCCUCCCACCACCACCAUCACCACCACCACCAUCACCACCCGCCCAUCACGGAGCCACCGGAAUCCCCAACGGAGGAAGCCAAUGAGGUGAAGUACGUGUCCGCCAACUGUAUGGUGGUGACGCACUACGUGGGGGACGCCGGCUCCGUGGUGGACGAGCACUUCUCCCGAGCCCUCGCCGCCGCCGCCGCCUCGCCGCUGCUCUACGAGAAGCCGCACUCCCCUGCCAAAGCCUCGUCCCCAAUGACGGCGAGAAACUUUCCUCCAUCGUUCUGGAAUAGCCACUACCAGGCACCGUCCUCGUCGUCCUCCUCCUCGUCCUCCUCAUCGUCAAGACCUCCGAGCCUGGCGGGGCAACUUGGGUCGUCGCCUGGGGAGCUGUACGACCCUUACCACCCCGGCGGCCUCCCUCACCCCCUGCAGGCGUCAGCACACGACCCCUGGGCUGCCUAUUCCCUCUCCUCGCAGGCAUACGGUCACCGCAGUAUGGCCCAUGACAUGUACCAAGCGGCCAUGUCCAGCGUGCCAUCAUCCUCACGGGCCUACCACCACCACCACCACCAGUACCCUUCCCUGUCCCUCCAGCCCCACCACCUGCCCCGUCUCCCAGGUGUCACCCCCGUCGGCUCGCAGAUGGGCAUGGGCAAGCCGGAGGGGUGGGGUGCCCGCUACCACGACCACUUCCCCGGGCCGGAGUUCACCCACGGCCUCGACUCCAACUACCCCGCUGCCCCCCACUACCCCGGCGUGGCGGGACUGGAGACGGGAGUACCUCAAGACGGGGCCAAGGACCUCUACUGGUUCUGAACACAGCCACACCUCGAGGCAGCGGUGCACCACCGCCACGGAGCCGUCACCAGCCGCUGCCACAAACUCAACAAAUCGUCACGAUCCAUCGUGACAGUCAAAGGUGGCGCACGAUAUAUAUAUAUAUAUAUAUAUAUAUAUAUAUAUAUAUAUAUAUAUAUAUAUAUAUAUAUAUAUAUAUAUAUAUAUACAUGCAUAUGUAUAUGCUUAUCGGAUAUCGGGUAAUCAGGAGUGGUCUACAAGUGCGACAGAAGUCCACGGGCGCUGCUCGCGGAAGGGGCGUGCGCGGCGGGAGGCGGGGCGCGAGGUGGCGCCCGCCGGGGCCAGGGAGCCGCUGCCUCCCGCACGGUGCUAGGCGGUGCCAAGUUAAUACAGAGAAAGCUUUUUUCUUUGAGUGCUAUAUAUAUUUUUAUACAAAUGUACAAAUCUGGGACAAAAAUCUCAAGUUACGAAUGCUUUAACUACCAUUACUAUUUUUUCGCUCUCCUUUAUCUCGUUAGGGUUAAACUUGGGUAGCAAACACUACACCCCGCCCUUGUGUACUCCUCUAGGACCGUUCUGUAUAGCGUAGUAGCCACUAGCCAGUCCCAGGGGUUGGGUGGCCGGCCCUUCGCUCUUAAUGACUCAAUCUGCCUCCUGUUGAUUUUUAUUUGUUCAUUGUCACCAGGCCUUAUUAAGUUAUUUAUUAUCAAUGUUACCUGGCUGCUGCUGUUACUUCUGCCACUAACUCACUUCUUCCCACCCCAUGAUCUGUCGCCCUUUCUUUGCGCUCCCCGUCACUGCUGCCUCGCUCUGCCUGCACCGCCUGCCAGCCUGGGCUUACCCUGCACAACGCUUUUACCCAGAAAAUGUUUCCAGCUGUUCCAUCCCUUUAAUACUUUUUGGUUCACACUUUCAUAUUCUUCAGUGAAUAAACUUUGAUAUUCCCCCUUAACCAACUGCUCCUCUGUUAUCAUAUAUGUAUUUUAUUAACCUUCACACCUUCCGGAAAUCAACAGAGAAGAGUGUUGAGAUCAAAGAGACUGUGAAAUAACCAUAUUUAUGUGUGAGGGGAACCCGCGCGGUCGCGGACAGUGACAACCUGUGCCUCACUGACGUAACCUCCGCCGCUAGUGACGACAAUGGCGCAGAGCGAAGCAUAUCACACAUUUUACUAUCGUAAAAUAAUGAACUACACAAAUCCAAUCAAACUUAAUCUAACCCUAACCUAACCCGACCCAACUUAACCUUACCCAGCCUGACUUGACCUGACCGAACCUAACCUAACGACCUGACUUAAUCUAACCUAACGUAUCUAACCAGCCUACUUAUGGGCUUUGCCACCAACGGCUGCGCAAGUUCCCACACACAUUUCAAGCCUAUUUUCGUAGUUGUUUUGAUCUCGACACUCUUUCCUAUUGAUUUCUGGGAGGUUUGAAGGUUAGUAGAAUACAUAUAUGACAACAUUAGAGCAGUUGAUCAAGUCAGAGAUAUCAACAUAUUAAUAUAAUCAAUCUUAGCCUAAACUUUUUUAACUUCAAUUCAUUCCAUAUUUUUUAAUGUUGCUUUACUGCCCAUCAAAGGAUACACAAAAUAUGAAAAAUUUACAGGCUUUAUAAAUAUGAAAUGUCUGGUGCAGACGAUUUCUCAUAAUCCAGACAGCACGAGGACUGUGCUGCCCUUCGCAGGCUCCACAUGGGUGAUAUUGCAUGUGAAGUUUGACAAGCAACUUACAAAAGUUUGUGAAACACUCAAAACUCGUUACUCAUCAUAGAAACUUGAAUAUAAUUUAUUUAUUAUUUCAAAGCAUUAAUAAAUGUAGAUAAAUAUGUAUAUAGACAAACACACACAUGGUGCAAUGGACAAGUAAUCUGCUCAUCUGCCUGGCAGGCUGAGGUGUCAGAUUUGGGCAAAGAUUUUUCUGGUGACAAGACAUGGGUAAUGUUUCCCUUGAACAAGGGAGAUGGGGUGUGGUGUGUGAGGCCCCAGCAAUGCCCAUAGAUCAGCUAACGUGCUCUAGAGUUCUCUGCAGGAGGAUACAGGGUGGCAAUCAUGAGUAGAGUCCAGCGUGUGGUCAGACCUUAUCAUUCCUAUGAACUAGAUCCCUUUGACUUCUCUUUCUCUUCCAUUCUCAUUGGCAGUACAGUGACCAACCAAGGAAGUCACAUAUCAUUUGGUCAACAGAGGGCAGGAGGCUGCUCUGAGGCUUGUGUACACAAGCGUGCAAAGCCCUCCACCCUCUGUUGGACAGUCACCCGCACCGACUGCUGUCAAGGUGCGGUUUCUUUGUUGUUACUUUAUGGCUUUUGUAUCGUUCACUUUGUCUGGUGGGAAUGGCUGAAGUACUCUCAAGAUCCAGCUCUCUGAGGGAGCAGAGAUCAAGGGAUAAUCUCCAGUAGAAAUCAUUUAUCAAUAAUUGCUUGAAGAUUUCCUGACUUUACAAAUCUUUCUGUGCUAGUUGUUGAUGCACUGUAUGCAAGCUCUUCCUUAUUCAGUCUCCCAAUAUAUAAGCAACAUUCUUUGGUGCAAUUAAUUAAAUUAAUGCUGCAGAUAUUGCUGAACCCGGACAUAAAAGACUCUGCGUUUGAUACGCAUAACACCCUCCACUGAGGAACUCUGUGUACACCUAUGACUUUAAAAUUACAUAAUGUACAUUAUGUUGCAAUGACUGGAUACCACAUCAGAAGCCUUAGUGUUACCAAAGCAAAAAACAGUUAGAUUACAGCUUUAUUUAUCAAUGAAAAUGCAUCAGCAAACUGAAAGUUUGCUAUCUUCUCUCUGCCACAUGCUGCUCUCUAUCUCCUGUAACAUGCUUUUGUGAUGGACAACAUAAUCAGAGUUUGUGCUUUGUCCUUUUUCUGUCUAUGAAAUGAAUUUGCAUAUCCUAGACAAAGGAAGGUGUAAGGGGAAAAAGAAGGGGAAAUGGAUUUAUUGGACUUUUUCAUUUCUAUUAUGUGUUUAGUUUAUAUAAGCUCUGCUCUGAGCAAAAGGGUCCAUCAUUUCAAAGCUUGGUUCAUGACACAAUGGGUGAGGCUCCUCCAGACAUCCACUACACUGCUGCAGCCUGACUCUAGUGUGAACUACAUUACACACUGACAAACUUUUGUAGCCUGACUGCAGUGUGUACGUUAAAGAUAAAAAAAAGAGCAAAGAGUAAUUCCAUUGAAAAACUCGGAACACAUCUCACGGCCAAAGAGGUAUAAGGGCUUUUUUUUCUUAUUUUGACGAAUGUAUAUUCACUCUAAUUAUCUCCCAACUAUCAGCCUGACAGGCUACAUAAGGGUGGGUGUGAGUGUGCCCUGACCUUCGCAAACCACCUUCUUAUGGCACAAUGUUACCCAAGAGUGAUGUGCUGAAUAGGUGUCCCUUCUCUACUUCCAACUAUUUAUUAACCUCUCCCCUCAGCCAGGUGUAAGUAGGUGCUCCCUCUGAGCACAAGUGGAGGAUAUGUGAGUUGUGUGUCUUAAGCAACUUUGUAAAUAAAGUGUUCAUUUUUUA